CUCCCAACCCCCAACCCACACGGCAGGCACAAUCUUAUCACGCUCAUUUCUCUCUCUCUCUCUCUCACUCACUCACACGCACAGCUACGCAGAAAUGGAGUGCUGUUGUUUGCCGGAGAGCUUACCCUCCAAACCCGAAAGAGCCAUUGAAGAGCUAACUCAAGGCCGUCAAUUUGCCACUCAGCUACGCUCCCUCCUCAAUACCUCACUCCGACUAGAUGUCUCUACCUCUGCCGCCAAUGAUCUUCUCCUCAAAAUCCUCAAUUCCUUUCAUAAUAGCCUUCUCAUUUUGAAUUCCGACGACGGGGUUUCUCUGCAUCUUCCCGAUAAUAACCCUGCCCCGGCCCCCUUGUCUACCGAAUCUUCCGAAGGUAGCUGUAGGAGUAGUACUCCCUCUACCCUUAAGGAUCGCAGGGGAUGCUAUAAGAGAAGGAAGAACUCAGAGUCUUGGACAAAAGACACUCCCACUCUGUUGGAUGACGGCCUUGCUUGGAGAAAAUACGGACAAAAACUGAUCCUCAAUGCCAAAUUCCCAAGGAACUACUACAGAUGUACUCACAAAUUUGACCAGGGGUGCCAAGCAACCAAACAUGUGCAAAGAAUCCAAGAAGAACCCCCAAAGUACCGGACCACAUAUAUUGGGAAUCACACAUGUAGAACCUUCCACAAAGCUCCUGAAUUGAUAUUGGAUUCCUCUCCCUUUCUGCUGAGUUUUGACAGCACCAUCACCAACAAACAAGACAGCCCCUUCUUCUCAUCCUUCCAGCCAAUCAAGCAGGAGAACAGGGAAGACAAACCCAGCAGCGAUGAUAUCACCCACAACCAUUCAUUCUCGUCCGAUUUUCUCGUGUCCCCCGAUCGGUCGGCGUUCGAUUCAUUAGGCCACUUGACGGCCCUCUCGGAGUCCGAUAACGGGGAUGUGAUGUCUAGGUUUAUGGUGGAGCCCGUUGACUUUGACGUCGAUUCUUUGUUCUUUGAUUUUUGACGGGUGCGUUUUCCUUGCAAGUUCAGAAAGAAAAUGUAUUCCUACAUCCAAAAUGUCAAAAAAAAAAAAAAAAAAAAAAAAACUUGGCUUUGUUUGUUAAAUAGAUGUAGGUAGCCUAUGAAAAAAUAAAGUUAGCUAGCUCUCCUUCCAUGUACAAAAUAUGUAUGUAAACCUUUCCUUAAUGUAACAUUUUUGUAUGCUUUUUUAUUUUUA